AUGAAGCUCACCUCGGUCAUCAUCCUCGCAUUUGGCUGCUGGCAGCUCUCUUCAGUGCUUGCAUAUCCUGCUGGAACUCAUCCAGGUGAGAGAUACCAUCCUUGGUCGAACAACCCCUCGUUGGGAACGCCUUCUGAGCCCAACGAUAACGUCGGCCGUCAUCUCGCGACUGGUCGUCCUGGAACAAAGGAUAAAGGCAAGGGGAAAGCACCAAGCUCUCAAGAACCCUUAGAGAGGCCUCUGCAUCCACUGAUGCUGCCCGAAGAUAUUCCCUUCAGCGUGGAUGAACUUCUCAACGCGCCUUAUGACUUCCAGUAUCUCCCGUCGACACUAUGGCGACCCGUGGAGGGCAAUCGCCCCGGUCACGGCUUGGCUGAGAUGGAAUCGAGACCCAUUGCUGGACACUACCCAAGAUCAGACGAAGAUGUCGGCCAGCCGAUGACACCUCCGUCGCACGUGUCGAAUGUGUCGCAAAGUCACCACAACGACCCGCGUUUACAACAUCUGCAAUGGCUGGGGUAUCAGAAUGUUCAGUACCAGCAGCAACCAUCAGGCAUUCAAAAGGUUGAGGGCCGCACAGAAGGCAAGGUCUUCCGCAUGCUUCAGCUCCAAGACGUCACCAUGAUCAGCGCCCGCUCUUCUUGGGUGGCUUCCGUCGUCGACAAUCCAUUUGGACCUGUCGAGGGUCGUGUCUACUUCUCAGAUCCGGAACAGCACGCAUUUGUGUCUCAAUGGGCAAAUGCGGAGAGAGGCAAACUCGCUGCGACUAGCCCUACCCACGAUCUUAGAUACAUGAGGCUUGACGAGAACACACAAAGGUGGAUCAUGAAGCGCGAAAUAGUGUCCGGGAAAGAAGUGGUCAAGGCAGCACCCGAUGAUUGGUGGCCUUCGACAGUGAAGUCGCGCGUCAUAGUUUUCAAGGAGCGGGUGGAGAAGGAUACAAAGAAAAGACGGGAAAGAAGGGAGAUGCAGCGACAGGAGGCUAGUCGGGGUUCUGGUCACUCGGGGCGUGCCCGCAGUCGUUGA